AAAGAUCGAAAUUAGUAUAAUAUUGCUCAUGUUGAUUCACCUGCUUACAGCAGUGAUAACAAUUCAUCAAUGUUAAUAUUAUUACCACCUACUACACUACUGUAAAUGUAAAACGCUUACGUAAAUGCGUGAUUUCUAGAACUGCGUAGCGGUUAAAAUGCAGUGAGACUGGCUUAUCAAGUCUGGCUUCCUCAUUUUGUGUCUUAUUCUAGAGCAAUCGUUGCGCGACUAAUUCUGACCUCACAUUAUUUGCAUCAUCACUAUGGUGAUUAAAAUUAUAAUAUAGCUCUUGUCACGCCAAAAGCCGACCGUUAAAGCAGGGAUCAUUUGCAAUGAAGUGAACGUUGACUUCUUCUUGAUUGCCGUCGCAAUGAGCAACCUAAUGUCUUUGUAUCGCUCCAGUGGUGUCAACGAUGGAAAAGAUAGCCCCAGUUUGUCGUCUAGAGGUACACAGAGAAGCAACAUAUCUCUGACCAAAGUUGGGCCAUGGACUGAUAAUGACUCGUUGGAACUCAUCUCCAACCCAGGAAGUGGCAAACGAUCGCGAAAGAUAAUUCCCACGCCACCAAUUGAAAAGGAAAUCCAGGCAUAUAAACCAGCUGCAGUCGAAAAUGGCUUACUGUACUUCGCUAACGACAGCUUUUCAGGCGUGCAAAACGUGAACGUUUUAGAUAUGGAAGGACUGUCCGCCCUUCAUCGAGCUGUCCUGGUUGACGAUGUUACCACAGUUGUUUUUCUGUUGGAUAAUGAUGCAGACAUUAACCGUAUGGGCAACGGUGGAUUUACACCUCUUCACUCAGCCGUAAAGUUUGAAAGAGUUGAGAUUGUUAAACUUCUGCUUCAAAGGGGAGCCAAUCCAUUGGUCCAAAAUGAUAACCACUGUACACCACUUCACUUAGCUGCACGGAGGGGACAUACGGAGAUAUGCAGUCUUCUGCUAAAAGAUUCCAGAGUCCAGGUGAAUUCUUUAUACCAAGGACAUUUUUCGCCGUUCCACAUGGCCUGUUUGAACGGAAGUAGAGAGGUGUGUGAGUUGUUUCUUAAAAGUGGUGCCGACAUAACUCUCAAGUCGACAACUGGCAUUACUCCUCUUCAAACAGCAGCCUGGAAAGGUCAUGAAGAAACAUGUCAACUUCUGAUCGAAACAGCUUCCAAACGGUUAACUUCUUUAAGCGACUUUGUCAACGGACGAGACAGGGAAGGUUCAACACCUCUUCAAGUAGCUUGCAUGGGCGGUCACGAAGGAGUUGUCGACUUGCUGUUACGGCACGGCGCGGACAUGGAAGCCAUUGACUGGGUGGCAUGUAAAUCGCCACUUCAUUUAGCAGCUAAGCACGGUCACUUGACGUUGGUCGAACUUCUUGUCCUGUAUGGAGCUGUCAUUGACAGCAGGGAUGGGAGCCUAAGGACGCCAUUGCAUAGUGCUGCAGCACUCAAUCACAGCCGAAUAGUCCAGCUUCUUUUGGAGAAUGGAGCUGAUCCGGAAGCCAAAGACAUGUUAGCCAUGACGCCAUUCCUGAUGGCAGUGACUCUGGGAAGAAGCCAAAGUGCGAAGGUUUUAUUGGACCACGGAGUAGAGAUAACAGCAACUGACUCUUCACUGAAUAGUUCUCUUCAUUUGGCCAUUUCGUACCGCAGGGCAGAAAUGGUGAAAAUGUUACUAGAAAGAGGCAAAGAUGAACUGUUAUCAUUGAAAGACAAAAACUUGAGCACCGUGCUACACUUGGCAGCUGGACUGGAGGAUUCAACGAUUUUAGAAAUUCUGCUACAGGAGAAAUGUGAGUUAAACGAGCGCGAUGGAAACGAGAACACUCCUAUUCAUAUAGCAGCCACCAAUGGCUCGUUAGAUUGCUUGAAGGUUCUUUCCAGGUUCCCUUGCUUUUCAUUUCUGUUGGACGAACGAGAUGAAUAUGGAAUGACGGCUCUUCAUAUGGCUGCCGGUAACAAACACGCCAACACCUGCGACUUCUUACUUUCCAAGGGCUCUGACGUGACAAAUGCGGAUGCAAACGGUUGUACAGCCCUCCAUUUGGCAGUUAAGGCUGGUUCACUAAAAACCGUGGAAGUUCUGCUUGGUUGUCUUUUACAGAGUACACUGGAACAGAAAGACACGGGUGAUAACACGCCACUUCACGUAGCGUGCAGGCACAAUCGUCUUGAUGUUCUCAAGUUCUUGCUGGACAAGGGAGCUGACGUAACGGCCAGAAAUAAUAGAAACAUGACUUGCCUAGAUGUCGCCAUUGAAUGGGAAGUAGGCGAGGUGGCCAAGACACUCAUAAGGCAUGAAAGAUGGGAAGAAGUACUGAAGUGCUCACUUAGCGAUGGGGUUUGGCCAAUGCAGAAAUUGAUAGAAAAACUUCCGGAUGUCGCAGAAAUUGUUCUUGAUCAGUGCAUUAGCUACAGUCCUCUCCCCCCGUCACACGAAGACUUUUCUGUCACAUUUAACUUAAUUCCAUUGGAUCCAGACGUGAAUGCCGAGUUCGAUAGGUGCUUUGGCCCCGCGUGUAUGGCGACGUAUCGGCGGGAAAAGCUGCUGAAUCACCAAGUUACUCAAGCAUUGCUGCGAUGGAAAUGGAUGAUUUUGGGGAAGUUCGUCAACAUCUUCAAUACCUUAGUAUUUGCAGUUUUUGUCGUUUUUUUCACCAGUCUCGUGGUCAUGGAAAGGGAGACGGUUGAUUUCUCAUUCAAUUCUUUGGAAAACAUCACAAGUGCUGAGGAGAAAAGUUCAUCAACCUUUACUAUGACAGUUCCUUACGUAUUAGCGAUAUUCUUGCUUAUGCAACUCAUCAAGGAAGGAGCUCAAGUAGCGUGGCUGCGGCUGUCGUACUUUAAGGAUCUCACAAACCUGCUGGAUCUGGCUAUGUUUGGAUUGGUGUGGGUUUUCAUCCUUCCUCUUAUGAGUGAAACAGAUUUGUACAGCAUGAAAACGCAAUGGAUCGCUGGAGUUGUAGGCUUGCUUCUGUGUUACAUCAAUUUAACCUUAUCUCUUCGUCGCUUUGGUGGACUUGGCGUGUAUGUGACAAUGUACGUAGAAGUACUGUUCACAUUUCUCAAAGUGAUUUCUACCUUUCUUAUCACCUUGAUUGGCUAUUCUGUGGUGUUUUAUAUCCUGCUUAAGCAACAGGGUAAUUUCUUGGACUUCUGGUUCGCUCUAGCGAAGACGUCUGUGAUGAUGGUCGGUGAAUUAGAUUACACAGACAUAUUGGUUGAAAACAUUGUGAAUAACCACACAGUACCAGGAACUGGGAUCCCGUAUGUUCCGUUGCCAACAGUGACGUUCAUUCUGUUCCUCCUGUUCGUAUUGACGGUGUCUGUUGUGCUGGUCAACUUGCUGGUUGGUCUGGCGGUUGGUGACAUCGAAGCCAUCCAAAGGACAGCAAGUCUGCGAGCUCUGAUAGACCAAGUAUUACUUGUUGAUCACAUCAUGAAAUCUUACCCAAGGUAUAUUCUUAGACGCAUACAUAAGAGCUCGUUGGAAAUAAAGCCAAACCGGAAUAGUUUCUUGAAAAGGGUUGCCAUGGCUGGUACUGAUCUCACGGAUCGGGAAUUCAUAGAUAUGCUUCUGAAUCAAAAAUCUGCUACGAACACAGCAGAAGAGUGGUUUCAAUUUGAACAGAUGCGAGAAGAGAGACACGACGAAAGCAUUCGAAAACUUCAAGCCACUGUAGAAGCACAGGGUAAACUUCUUCAGGCCAUGGCGGAUAGGUUGAAAAUUACAGAUUAAAGUGAACUGAUACUAUUGCCAGUUUUACAGGGCCGUGGCUAGUGGCAGGCAAAUCGUGGCACUUGCCUCAGUCAUUUUAUUUUUCGUUUUUUUUUUUUGUUUAUAAUCAUCAUAAACACCCUAAACACGUCCUCCUAUGUAGCGAAUUUCACACUAGACAUGAUCUUUUAUUGGACGGUCCCAGUUUCGUGAGCACAAAAGCAUUAAUCAGGUGACUGAAUACAGUGAUUUAAACUGUAAAUGAUAUUUACAUGUACCGUUCUGCACAACAUUUUCAGCAAGAAUUCAAGAAAAGGCCCAUGGAGGCUAGCUACAUGUAGCCCUGCUGAAAUAGAUUAGGCUCCGCCACGAAUUGUAAGUCAUAUCGUGGAGUCGUAAUUCGUUAUGCGUUAUAUUAUGUAGAUCGUUUUCAUGUCAAGUGACCAGCGGUCGCCAUAUUGUUGUACUACGCCGUUUAGCAGUUAUUGUAAUGGCACUUAGUUUUUUCAGAACUCGUAACUUUCGAUAUGAACUUUAUCAAUUGAAAUAAAGACACCUUAUUUAUUUAUCGAUGAAGUGAAUUUAAGCGAGAAGUCCGAAAAAUGGUCCUCCAUGUCUCCAUGCUAAUUAGCUCUCGCAAAGGUCGUUUGUUACCGCACUCUUUUCACAUUUCAGCCGAGUACAAGAUUUUAACUUGUCUCAUUGGGUAGUAAUUUUGCUGCCGAGAAAAGAGUGAGUUUAAACGGAAAGAGUAGUUUAACUAAGCUGUGCAUGGUUUGAUAGCCAUUUUAUCUGAGAUUUCACCCAGUUGGCGAUUUUCGAACAGUUUGUGUCAUUGGAUGCCCUGAAUAUCCACCUUACAAGAAACGUUUUCUAUUAAUUUUGGACAUCUUUGAGAUGGCUCUCACUUGGCAAUGCAAACUAGUUAGCAUUAUAACAAUUUGAUUUAUACAACAAAAGCAGUGAGUCUAUCAAAACAAGGUCACCUCCAGCCUCAUUCAAAGGCCAGGUCACUGAGACUCGGACAAUUGCAAAAUGGUCUAUUUAACAAUGAAAGAAAACAAAAACCAAAAUUUCAGUUUUAUAGUCAUAGCUGGAAAAUAUAUGGUAACGCUAAAUGGCUUUGAAAUAGGCUUUAUAUAAUAGUCGAUCAUGAAUUCAAAAAUGUUAUGUCGAAAUAAGUCUGAUUACUAUAAUACCGUGAACCUCUGUAUUUUAAUCUGUAUACAUAGCCUUACGACUUCUUUUCUUGCUCUUGCUUAUGUGUUACGUAUUAUGUUAUGUUUCAAAGCAACAGAAGAUGAAGGGUAACAAAGCAAAUCUCCCAUAAGGGCCUCAUUCUCAAGACCCCUAUUCUCUUAUAUCUUAUCUCGGGCAGUUUAUUUAAAAUAAGGAAUCUAGAAUUCUGUUUUAACUGGCCUAAUUACUCAGAUAUCUCCUUUUUAUACUUGUAAAUAUAUUUAAUUCCCUAUUUUAUUUUAUUUUGAUCAUCUGUGUAUUGAAUUUGCGUAAAUAAAUAAAUACAUAAAUAAAUAAAUAAAUUAAAUAAAUUACUGUCGGUUCUGAAAAUCCCAAGAGAGUUAAAGGGGAGGCAAUUCUAGCUCUGUGACGCAGAUGUUUCUCAGAUGGACAGCCCAAGUUGUUUUUACACACAUUUUCAUGCUCCUCGAAACCAUCUACGGAACGCCUGCGGUAACCUCAUCGGCUUACGAUCUGGUACUGUGUCUAAAAAUGACUUGAGACAGAUUUUCUUGGGAAUAAGUCCUAUAAAGAGUGUUUUCGCUCACGUGGGCAGCAGCCAUGCAAAUUAAUUGGAACAAAGAAAAGAGAUGAACUCCCACAGGAUUGGUUUGGUACACCAACUUGGCCGCCGUUUCAUUGUUUUGGGACACCAAUAUCGGUGCCACGACAUCCUUUAAAAACCCUCCUUAGGGGAUAAACUCUCUUACCCUCCGAAAGUCAUUUUCUCUCUUCCAAAAUAGAAAUAUAACAAAGUGAUCUUACAGCGACAGUGAUUCAUUAUUAUAAUUUUCUUAACGUUUCAGCUGCACUUAACCGUAUUAACGGUAUUUAACUGUUUACCGAGCGCAGAAGACUGAUAAAUUAAUUGCCAGCUAACUAUGAAACGCUCUUCAUCGUUUUUCUUUUCAAAAACCUUCAGUGACUCAAUAGAAAUGCAACACUUUCUCGAUUCAGAUCAUCACCCACUCUAAACUUGCACAUUCAAAUGCAAAUUGAAAGCCGAUUGAGUUUAACGUGGACUGGCUAGAUUGUUGACACAUAUUUUGAUUGGAAAAUUAGUUUCUUUAAAUAGAGAAACCAGCUGGACAUUGUAACUGGUGGCCAGAUGGGUUUUGUCAGUCAGAACAAUGGGUGCUAAAACUUAUCAUUUGUCGUAAAUUUGAUAAUAAAGAACUGCAAAAGGACAGAAAUGAAUCGAAGUUGGUUCAUGACGAGCCUUCGUGAAACAAGGUUGGGAGUAAAUGCUGGGUCAGUUAGACUAACCUGUUGGGAUAUGUUGGAAAAACUCACUGCAUGUCACAACAACAAGGUGAUGAUUUGAAAAACAACACGUUUGGUUACUGUUCUGAUAUUUAAAAAAAAGCACGUGGAACAGUCUAACAUGGAGUACCACGUUUUCCUGAUUUUUGAUCAACUAUUUUCUACCAUGCACUUGUUACUUGUUGAGUGGGCCUCUUUUCCUGAUAGCUAGAUUCACAUCAGCACCUUGAAUUACUUGAUUAGUAUGCGCUCAAUUCUAAGGCUCAACACUUCUUGUUUUUAUCACAAGGGAAUCUUUCAGACAUCUUCUUCCCCCUUGGCCGAAGGAUUCCCUAAGCAGACACUAUUUUAGUCUAAAGAGUUAAUGUUAGUUUGUGACACACAUCGCAUACUACUGAUUUGGGAAAGAGAAAUCUAAAGAGGAAUCUAAAGGAAUGGUAACCAGUUGAAUCUGGCUGGACUUUGUACUUGGUUUACGUGCAAAUGAUCAGAAGAAUAGCUAGCUUGACGCUAACACUUCAAUCUUCACGAUCGGAGAGGAAAGCACGCAAUGAAAACGAUGCGACUCAGCGCACAACAUCAAAACUGAGAUUUAAUUUUAACUGAAAAUUAAAGUUGGCUUAAAUUUUCUUGGAGUUGGCUAACGAACUUUACAGUUAUAACUUAAAUGUCGUUUAAAACUUUAAAACUGCCAUUUAUGCCAUCUUAAAUAUACUGGAACAAUAGGAGAAACUUUAAGCAAGAACUAAACACUCGCUAAAAGAAGUUUCAGUCUCUCAAAAAAGAAAUAACACGCAGACUGUGAUGAUAAACGUUAUGAUAAAACGCAUUGUUAGAGAAAAAAAGCAUUUUAUCGUAAUGUUAUCACCGCUGUCGCCUGUGGUGUUAUUUCUUUUUAAGCUACGAUGGCCAAAGAAAAAGAGUAUUUACGUUGAGUCUCUUUAAGGCGUAUUUAAACGUGAGCGUAUACCUGAUGUAAAGGUCAGAUUUAAAAAGUGUAAAGGUAACGUAAAGUUAAAUUUCAAAUUGACGGUAGCUUUUCGCUAGCUUUACACAGCAGUAAGGUCAGUUAUCUUUUCAUUUUGUGCGGGAUAAUACGUUUUGGGAAGGAAACCGUUCAUGAGACUGCGUUAAUUCAACGGCACCAAAAAUAAGUCUCGUUACGUGAUCGUAGCCAUACAAACCUUGACUAACGUGUUUAUUAUUUUCGCCAUCUGCUAAUUUUGACCUGUUCUUUUCUCUCAGUGAUAAGUGCCACCAUUGUUUUGAUGCUUUGAUAUUAGACUACCAGUGCCAACAGCAAAGACCCGUCGGCUGGUUGAAAUGCAUGGUCUCGUGUAAAACUUUCGAUUCAACAGCACGUGAACUAAAUGCUCUAAACCUUUUUCGGUCUUCCAAAUACACUCAAACUCUAAGCCCUAAGUUAGCGCAUUUCAAUUUGAUAAUACAAAUUAAUCUUCAAGGAGGAAGCCUGCAUAACAAAGUGGCUUAAUGUCCUCGAUUGAGAUGACAAAAAAUGCAAAUAACUGGAGGGAAAUCAUUACGAACCUACAUGAACAAAAGACCUAAAACGGCACUUAUAUAACUUUCAACAGAUGAGUACAUAAGUUAAGGAGAAAAAGUUAAUUGAGAAAAAAAGAAAAUGUUUCGUUUACUCACUGCCUUUCUUUCUCAGUCGAAUCUCUACUACUUAUGACGGCGCUGUGUUAGAACUCAGACCGCCUACUGAACCACCCCCUGACCAUAACAACUCUAAGGUAUCAGUAAGAGUCGGGCAACACAUUCCACCGGCCUAAUUCCUUCCCAAACAAAUAAAUAAUUAAGAUAUGAAUGUCAAUAUUUCGAGAGGAAGCCACAUCAGCCUUAGCUGGUUCAAUUUCAUGCGGGGCGUCUCUCCUGGUUAAACUGGAAUUUGGAGAUGUUGGUUUUUGUGGAGGGAGGAAAGCCGGAGAAACCGGUUAAAAACCCUCGGAGUAAGGCGAGAAGCAACAACAAACUCAACUCACACAUGGCACUGAGCUGGAAUCGAACCUGGCGGGGCCUCUUUGGUGGGAGGACAGCGCUGUCAUCACUGCGCCAUCCCUGUUUUCCACCUCGUCAACUUUGUGGCAGUGCAUUUCUUUCAGCCUAUAUAUUGCAAGUAAACCCCCCAAAAUCGGUCCCUCCCACCAUAAACUUUUUCCUCACUAACAUUGUCCCUACCCUUGCCCGUACUCCUGUCUCACUGUUACUUUUAGUAACUGCCAAACAUCGGUCGAUCCCUCUGCUCGUGUUCAUUCCCUUGGUCAUUUGCGUUGUCUGACAAGCUGAGUGCUUCGAACGUACAUUGCAAUACCAUUUCCCGGCAUGUGCCAUCUCCAGUGAACGGUCUGAGCUGAGGCUGCUUCUAUUUUAGGAGUCAUGGUUUAGGAUGCACUCCAAGAAAUCGUAAAAUAAGGAGUUUUAUUUCCUUUUUAAGUGAUGUCAAAUAAAGAUCUAGACGCGCCAUUUUCCCAUGAGCAUCCCUAACCUUUACACAUGGUGUCCCCCUGGGAGCUGUGCGCAAUCCGUACCUCAUAUAAGAACGUUGUAGGUUUCAGUUAGGAAUUAAUACCGCAUUCUAAACCCACCCGUCCUCUCCUUGGUAAACAACUUAGCCUGUUCCAGUCGUUUCGGUUGGUUGGUGAACAGCGUGAAGAACGGAGCCGCGCCCCAACCAUUCGCAUCAGUUUAAGUACUCCUCGCCAUUCUGGCUGUAUCUCGAGUAAGUAACCAGUAACAAAAGUCGUUGUCGUUUAGUGUUCAGGCCUGAACGUAACGUCCAAGGGAAGUGAAUACGAGGCUAGUUAUUUACACGUUUUGACUUCGUGUCCAUUAAAACUGUCUUUGAAUGUCUUGCUGCUUUGUCAUAUUCUUCGCACAGCUUGUAAGCAGCAUUAAUUAAUGGGCGGGUUGUUCACUAAUAGGUAAAAUCAGCAGGAGGAAAAUGACUACUCCUCAAAUGAGAUAAUAGUUUCAGUUAGGUGUUGAACAGAUAUGCAAAUUUUUCUUUGACAGUCAAGUGGAAACUGACCUGCUGUAGCUUUUCAUGAUAGUUUUAAUCAGGACUUGGAGAACCAGCACUGACAAAAUUCACUUCAAGAAACUAGCUAAAUUUAUUUUAUUGGCAUUUCCUAUUUAAGGAAUUCCACCUAUCUUUCUUGGUCUUCAUUCUCUGAUACAGGGAUGUCAUUUAUUUUAUUCGUGUGUGGACAAAGGCAUCCGAUGAUUUGAGACGUUUCCUGGCGCCAUAUUAUUCCUUAUUUGCUCUGAUAGAUAAAAGUGUUUUCCAUAAUAAAUGAUACCCGCUAGAAUCCCGGCUUUUUAUUAAACCAGGCAUAAAUACACAUUUUCUUUAUCCUGAAUGUCACCUUUUUGCCAAAAAUACAAAUACAACAGAGGCGGACCUAGGAUUUUUCUAAGGAGGGGGUGCAUCAUCAAGGAAUGGCGUAACUGACUGGUGAGGUAAACGAAUUUUAAAAGCGAAUGCGAAAAAGAAGGCUUCAUCUCAGGCGGGGGGAGGGGGGGUGGUGUGCAGCCGCUGCUCCCUCCCCCUAGAUUCGCCACUGUACAACAUGACGAGGCCUCUGCCAAUGGUCGGUGAACUGCUUACUGCUUUGAGCCUGAGUCUUGUUUAGUCUGGCCAAGCUGGAAAUAUGACAUAUUCCUAUCGAUUGCGGCCGCACAUUUCUACUUGUGUCAUUGUAUGUAGCGAGUUAUUUUUCUCCACGAUCUUGAUUUUUUGGUAAAUAAGUGUAAAAGGCAUAAGCUCCCUCGAUGAGCAGUCUGUGCUCUUUGGGCAAAUGCCGAAUCAAAAACAUUGUCGAAAUAAUAAUAACAAUAAAAAAAAAGAAAAAAAAAAAAAGAGAGAGAGAGAAGGAUCUAUAUUGACUUCGCCGCUAGUGCUAGUGUCUGCAUGAAUUUGUGUACUGAUUUUCUUAAAUUAAAUAGAUUCCCUAAAGUUAUGUUGAAAUGUUGUAUUUUUUUUUUCGGCUAUUGAUAAAUGAAGAGAAUUCUCGAAACGUGAAUGAACUGCAAAUCCGUGAGUCUGAUCGCGACACCUCCCGGCCACUUUUUUUUUUCAAGCAUAUGUUAAAAUAAAUAUUUCUAGAAAAAAUAAUCUUGCUUUUGUGAUUUGUAUUAAUACAUUUAAUUGAGGGGCACUUUUUCUAAAAAAACCUUUAAUUUGUGGGAGUGAUACAAAAGCUGAGAACCUAUAGAAAGUUUGGAGUUUUUGAUUACAAGACGUUUUGCCAACAAAUACUAGUGAAAUGCAUAACAAGCAAAAUUUACGAUAUUUAACACGAGUUGUUAAGCCCAGGGCCGAGUUGUUCGAAAGCUGGUUAACGCUGGGUAAAGGUGAAGUCUGCAUACGAGCCAUGUGGCCCAU